GCCACCAGUCCCUAGACUGAGAGUGCUCUUCUCCCCCGGCUGGGAAGGGAGAAGAAGGCAAAGGACUGACGGUCCGCAACUGCUGGUCUCGGCGCUGAGGAGAGUGGGGGUCCACCUCCUCGCGCCCCUGCUCCCACUACACCAACUAGUUGUACAGCCACGCUGAUUUAACUUUGAAGGAAACGUCCUUUUUCUUUCCUUUUAAGAUUAUUGGAAGUGGUACAGGGUGGGAGGCAGCCGACCCCGCCACGAUGCUGCUGAAGAAGCCUGCAGCGAAAGGAGGGGCCCGGGAGUCGGGAUCGGAGGACCCAAGCCCCGCUGGGCAGCGUUGUGCCAGGACCGUACCCUCGUGCGCGGUCCUGGCGGCCCUCCUAUCAGUGGUGGCCGUGUUGUCUUGUCUGUACCUGGGGGUGAAAACCAACGACCUCCAGGCGAGGAUCGCCGCUCUCGAAUCCGCCAAAGGGGAUCCUUCCAUCCGUCUGCUUCCUGAUUGCGUGGAUCAGCUGAAUGCAAUGGUGCAAGAGAAAGUGGAGCGACUUCUGGCUCAGAAAUCCUAUGAACAUAUGGCUAAAAUAAGAAUCGCAAGAGAAGCACCUUCAGAAUGCAACUGCCCAGCAGGCCCUCCAGGGAAACGAGGUAAGAGAGGCCGAAGAGGAGAAUCAGGUCCUCCUGGUCAGCCUGGUCCUCAGGGUCCUCCUGGUCCAAAAGGUGAUAAGGGAGAACAAGGUGAUCAGGGACCUCGGAUGGUGUUUCCUAAAAUCAAUCAUGGGUUUCUCUCUGCUGAUCAGCAGCUCAUUAAACGCCGCCUGAUUAAGGGUGACCAAGGACAAGCUGGGCCCCCAGGCCCGCCAGGCCCUCCAGGCCCAAGAGGGCCUCCUGGGGACACAGGCAAAGAUGGCCCCCGUGGAAUGCCAGGAGAUCCCGGUGAGCCAGGGAACCCAGGAAAGCAAGGCUCAAUGGGUCCUAUGGGGCCUCCAGGACAAAAGGGUUCUGUUGGAGCACAUGGAAUUCCAGGGAUGAAUGGGCAAAAGGGUGAGCCCGGGGUACCUGGAGCAGUGGGGCAGCAUGGAAUACCAGGGCCAAAGGGAGAACCUGGAGAACGAGGAGAAAAGGGUGAUACUGGCGAGAGUGGCCCCAAAGGUGAUGCAGGCGAAAAGGGGGACCCUGGAUCAUCUGCUGCUGGAAUUAAGGGAGAACCUGGAGAAUCUGGUCGUCCAGGGCAAAAGGGUGAACCAGGGCUUCCUGGGCUUCCUGGACUUCCGGGGAUAAAGGGUGAACCAGGUUUCAUUGGUCCUCAAGGAGAGCCAGGCUUACCAGGGUUACCAGGAACAAAGGGCGAACGAGGGGAGGCGGGGCCUCCUGGAAGAGGCGAACGAGGAGAGCCUGGAACCCCUGGACCAAAGGGGAAACAAGGUGAAUCAGGAGCUAGAGGCCCAAAGGGGUCAAAGGGUGACCGUGGUGACAAAGGAGACUCUGGAACAUUAGGACCAAGGGGUCCACCUGGCCAAAAGGGGGAUCAAGGAGCCACCGAGAUCAUCGACUAUAAUGGCAACCUCCACGAAGCCUUGCAGAGGAUCACCACCUUGACCGUCACGGGUCCCCCUGGACCACCUGGACCUCAAGGACUACAAGGGCCAAAGGGAGAGCCAGGAUCUCCAGGAAUCCCAGGAGUUGAUGGAGAGCAGGGACUCAAGGGCUCGAAGGGCGACGUGGGCGACUCGGGUGCACCAGGUGAAAAAGGAGGAAUCGGACUUCCUGGACUACCGGGUGCCAAUGGAAUGAAAGGAGAGAAAGGAGACUCCGGAUUGCCAGGUCCUCAGGGCCCUUCCAUCAUAGGCCCACCAGGCCCUCCAGGUCCCCACGGCCCACCCGGCCCCAUGGGACCCCACGGACUUCCUGGACCAAAGGGAGCAUCUGGCUUAGACGGAAAGCCAGGAGCCCGGGGUACAGAUGGCCCUAUGGGACCCCAUGGCCCUGCAGGUCCCAAAGGAGAGAGAGGUGAAAAAGGAGCUGUAGGGGAGCCGGGACCCAGAGGACCCUAUGGUCUGCCUGGGAAAGAUGGAGAGCCUGGUCUUGAUGGCUUCCCUGGUUCACGUGGCGAGAAGGGUGACCUAGGAGAAAAGGGAGAAAAGGGAUUCCGUGGCAUUAAGGGGGAAAAAGGGGAGCCAGGCCAGCCUGGCCUGGAUGGGCUGGAUGCCCCUUGCCAAUUGGGGCCAGAUGGAUUACCCAUGCCUGGCUGUUGGCAGAAGUGAUGAAUCUAACCUCCCAAGCAUGAAGUUGUGUACAUAAUGGUCCACUUUUUAUAUUUAUAGUUGAAAAUCGAAUUGCAGAUUUCACAAGUCUGAGAUAUGUUUACGUGUAGCUGCUUCCUCCUGUUUGCAGUAGUGCACAUGUCCAUCUUUUCUUCACUUACAUCUAAAACGGGGCAACCUGUGAAACUAGUGAGAAGCAUGCAAAAAAAUAUAGAUCAGUAUCUCUAUCUUAUGUAAAGAUAUGUAUUUAUAUGGACAUAGCAGUGAUAGAGAAUGAUUGUUCUUGCUAUUUUCUUACUUUGGGUUUGUUCAUUGCAUGGACAAAAGGUGCCAUGAAAUAGUUUACAUAAAAUUGUGACCAAAUAUGGACUCAAGCCCAUGAAAGUGUACUAUACUGACUGAUACUAGAGUUUAUCGUCACGUCCCUACUCACCUUCACUCUCAGCAUUGAGUUCACCCCACCCACGGAAACCGACUAAAAAAGCAUGACUGUGCCAAACCCGCUCGUUGCCGUGCGACUCCAGAUACUAGCAUGCCUCUCCAUGAGUCCUCUGAUCACAUCUGAGCUUUUAUUUCUUUUGUCAUCUCAAGGGGGUUACACCGUGGCUUAUUGCCAAAAAGAGAUAAGGUGGUGGAGAGCACACACACAAAUGGUCUUGUAUUUUGAGGGAGCUGCGGUCCCAGCUGCGGAUCUACAGCUUCCAGUAUUGCAGGCUCAAGUGAACACCUUGGUUGAAAUAUCGAGGGGUUGAGCUGCUUGUGCCGCCGGUUUUCCUUGGGCUGCCCUCGGCAGUGAAGACCAGGAAAGAGGACCGGUUCAGCCUCCUGCGCUGUCUCUCCGUGUGACCAAGUAGGAGAGAGGUUUACGAGUGCAGGCACCCAGAACAGCAGACCUUCUUUUUAAUAAACUGAAUUUCAGCAGAUGUUAGGAUGGGUGCUUUGGGAAAAUGACAGCGACAUAACAGGACUUCUUUCGGGUAGAAGAUUCUUGGAAUGGCAGCCUCUGUUUCUGAGGAGGAAGGGUGUGUACAUCCCACCAAAGCUCAGGUUGCUGACAAAUUCACACGUCCUAAAGGGGGCUUACUCCACAGUCUCUACCGAAGCUGAUGUGCGAGCUUUUCUUCUCUCCAAGAUGGAACCCACUGCAAACAUUUUCAACAAGGUUCUAGAAACAGAGGACUUCCAAUUCUUUUAAAGUCUUUUUUUUUCUUUUUUUUUAGUGCACGGAACACUAAGCUGAAAUACUUUUGUCAUAUUCGUUUGAACAUUUUUUUAACAAAAAGUCUUUAAAUCCUAAUAACUUGGAACCAACAGUCAAAAUGGCCUUUUACUAAUUUCUUUCUCUCUGGUUCUAAAUAAUGGAAGAGGAUGUGAAAGAAGCUCCACUUCCACUUCAGUCAUAGCAAAGUAUCAAAGUUAAGCAAUUUUUUCAGUACUUUUUUACUUCUUUCAUAUGAUUAAUAUAACAUACAUAGUGAUUAUCAGUAAAGAUAAAGUCAAGAUUUGGUCACAUUUGAUAGUAUUAACUCGUUUCUAUUUUUUGUAGCUCUAUUUAGAUUUAAGAUUUGUUUCUAUUUAGAUUUCUUUAUCUUUUUUUUUUACAUUUCUAAAUGUUUGUCAUAUGCAUAGACCAAAUCUGAGAUCUCAGAAAGCUGUGAAAUAUAGUUGCCAUAGAGAGAGUAUUUUUUCACCUUUUUGCUCAGAAGUUACCUGACUGGAUUAGACUGAGCAUUUCUUUGCACAGUGAAGUGUUGGUCCAGUGUUCCGAAAUGGCUUGUUCUACACGGGAGAGUUCCAUUAGGGAAAACUUCAUCAAUGAGGAGUUGUCGCAUUUAGCUCAUGGGACAAUAUAAUUUUUCUCCCAACUUGAUGCCAUUUGGUGGGGAAAUUUCGAGUUUCACGCAUAGAUUUUCACCACCAAAGGGAAAAUUAGCUCAUCAUUGACUUAUGCUGACAAUAGUCAAGGUAUGGUCAUAAGAUGAGGAUCCUACACGGUCCUUAAGAGCUCUUUCAUAUUUUAUAACCAAAUGCUCAAUUACACAAAAUGCCUUCUUUUUAUUCCCAUUAAGUUUUCAAUAUUGGAAAGAUGUUCAAACAAUUGGAUCAAUCUGAUUGGUCGCAAUUCUAGUAACAUUCCACACUCUGAAGCCAAUGUGACAUCUUUAAAACAACAGAGGGCAUUUUCCUAACCAUCUCUUGUACAACAUGGUUAGGAUAAAGUAUUGUUGUUCAAUGUCUGAAAAAAUGUGUCUUAAAUGGAUUGGAAAAAUAAACUGAAGCAGGUCAAACUAUAGUCUCCUCAGGAAAACAAAGAGCAGUAUCUUGAGAAAAAUCUGGUGGUUAUAGUUCAUCCUAUCUAUCUUUCUUUCUACUCCUCUAGUAGAAACAGGUACUAAGAUGGGUCACUAUUUAAAACUUGCACAGCUUCUAAAGAGAAUAAUACCUCAAAAGAUAAUCAUUUUAUGUACAAAAUUUUUAAAAAGGCAGCCCUUUAAGAUUAUUGUUCUGUCCUAUGUGUAUAUUGGGUUUUUGCUUUCACUUGGUAACAUUGGCCUUUAUUCCAUGAUUAAAGGAAUAAAAUUAUUAACUCGUAUUACAUGUACUUCCUUGGGAAAAACAAAGGGAUCACAGUACUCCUCUUUGUUCAGUGGAAUUACUGGGUCUUAACCACUAUGGAUAAUCAUAAACUUUUGGUUACUAAAAUAUUUUCAACCAUCCAUUUUGUCAUCAAUAUAGAGAAUCCUUAAGUAACUGCCAAGUGAACUAAUAAAUUAUGUCUGCUGACAUAUGUGUUGGCAGAUACAUAUAUUUUAAAGAUUUCUUUCUUUUAAUUUAUAUAAUCGGAUAGAGGAUUGAGGAAAACUACGUGAAAGACACAUUGGAAGUAAAUCAAGAUCAUGUUCUAUUGCUGAUAAGCAUCUUUUAAGGAUACCAAAUUGGUUGGUGUUUUAGCUUUAAAAUUGUCUUUCAUUCGUGUUGGUGCUGAUGUUAUUUCUUUUAUUUUUCUUUAUGGACAGUGCAACUCUACUAUGGAUAAUUUCUUUCUCUGUUUAAUAGCAUUCCUAAACUGUUAGUGUGUGAUUUUAUUUUUAAAGUUCAUGAAUUUGCUGUAAUCACAGUUCAAUCAAUGACCAGUCUUUGUUAACAUAAAACAAACGGAACAAUGAACCCAUAGAUGAUGUGUCCUUACCUGGAUCAUGAUCCUCAUAUCACAUGUUCUUCUCACGUUCUAUGUAUGCCUUUAUCAACUUUCAUUCUCAUCUUUUAGCUUACAGAAUGGAUUGUGUGACAAAACCAGAAUUAGACAAACCUGCCUACAUUCAUAGCAUGCCUGAUACACAAGUAGGCCUAAAUUUUUCCUGUAGUUUUUAUUUCCAUUAUGAAAAGCAGUCUUCAAGAAUUUUUCCGUUUUAUUUGAUUUUAUAGAAAACAUGAGACUGUCUUGAAUUUCUAUCUCCAAAAAAGUCUUCUUGAAUUUAUUUCCCCUGUGUGGUGUUCUAAAGGCACAGGAAGAACUUACACCACUAGCAGUUCAUUCCACAUGUCCUUUGCUAGUUUGGGAAACAGUCAGGUCAGCAUGUCAGUAUCAGUGGAAAAAUUGUUGGUAUCUUAUAUUUUCAUUACUUAAGAAAUGUGCUUAAUUUUCCAAGAUCUUUAUUUGUUUUGUUUUUUUUUUUUGGCUGUUACUAUCAUAGCAUAAAAUGUUAACACCACUUUUCAUCCCUUUUUUUUUUUUGCCUCUAUCUAUUAUCUUGCUCAGGAGUCAGUUAUGCUUUGCUUGGUGAGUGGUGUUUUCAUACCUUCUAAUAAGUAAUUAUAAGAAUAUGCCAAUAUUGGUAUUUCCUCUGUUUCCUGAUAAUCAAGUUAUAUUAAUGGUUAACAUUACCAAAAACAUGAACUGUUUCAGCUCAUACCAAAACAAAAAAACAAAAUCCCUGCUAUCUCUAGAAAGUCAAGACCAUAGCAACAUAUUCUUAUAUUCUCAUAAAUAACAAUUCAGAACAAUAUCAUACAUUUGAUUCUGGCUCUUAAAAUUAUUCUCUCCUAGUGGAAUUAACAUGAUUGACCAAUUACGAUUUGCUGACCUUCAGUCCCUACCUUUUCCACUUACAUUGAAAUAUCUUCAUAUUGGCUAGAUUUACUAUAUGCCAUAGCAAAGAUACCCUUCCAAUUUAAAUUUUUUAUGGAUUUAGUAUUUGUUAAUCCAAUGCUGAAACAUUUUAAUGGCAUGUCUGAUUUUUUUAAUGUGCUUAGAUGCAUAAGAUUCCCUGUGCUGUUUAUUGACAGAACGGUCCUUUUGGGAAUAGGGAGACUUUUUAAACCUGACCUGUUAUGAUUUAUUGAAAACUUAAUAAAGUAUUAUCAUCUCUUACAAUGCAGUUGAUAUUUUCACAUAUCCCAGAAAUAUUAAUUGGAUUCACAAAAAGUGUCUUACAUAUUAUUGACAUUUAUGUGAACAUUCUUUAUACUGUUGUAAAUGUUUCAUGCAACUGAAUUACAUUUUUAAAAGAUGUAUGUAUCUGAUUUUUCUUUAGAAAAUAUUAUAUUUUUAUUUGUAUUUUUUACAUUUUAAAGUUCAUCUCUACAUGCAGCUAUUUUUAUAUUGCCAAAAAAUCACAUAAAUGCAAAAUAAGAGGAAAAUGCAAACAAAAUAUUUUGGCACACAAUACACUGCAUAUUUUUCUUAAUAUUUUGUGGGCCAGUCUCAUACAAUUGAUUAUUCUAAGAUGUGUUGUGUCUUAUCAGUGUAAAUAUGGCACAAACCUGUUUUUCUCUGUAGUGUAAAUAAUUGAGAGAUGAAUUCUCCCUGUUUGAUUUCUUGUUUCAAUUUUAUUUUAAUUUCUCCAGCUGACAUUGCUGAAUCAACCAAUGCAUGUGAUUUUCAAUUUGCAGUUUGAAGAUAAUUGCAUUGUGUUCAGUUUCUAAUUUGUCUUUAUUUGCUUUUAUAACUUGUUUACAGGGUUCUUAGUUUGUGAGAAGUUGAUCUUCAGAAUUAUUUUUACACUAUUUAUGACUUAUUUUCAUAAUGUAAAAAGUGUGUAAUUAUUACAACAUUAAU